GAGUGUCCAUGGGUCAGUACGUCUACAUCCUGCUGGCCACUGUGUCCUCCGUCCACCGCAUACGUCUGCCCCACCUCACACAACUCAGAGUAGACCACAGUCCAUAUUGAGUGACCUGACCUUCCAGACCCUCAAGGAGUACCACCAUCUGUACAUCUUAAACAAUUACAGCAGCAGCAGCAGGUGAAGGUCUCCCGCACACAGCAGGGACACACCUUAUGGAGGGAGAGGGAGGAGAUGCUGUGUUUGUGUUGGGUCAGACAGGAGGAACACUGCUGGUGGUCAAGAUGAUAGAUCAGCCGUAUUCGGUGUUUACCGAGAUCAUCAAAAACGCCUCCUUGAUGAACAGACUCUUCACCGGCUUUGUCCCGGGAAUGUUUAGAGGCAUGGAAGGGUGUGAGACAGUGACCAGUCUGGUGAUCAAGGAACUGGCAGGAGACGUGGUGGCCGUGGGUGUGUGUCGCGACGGUAAGGUGAGGGCCUGGUCGUGCUCCCGCCUCCAGUGUGUCCUGGCCCACGAUACUCUGGAGAACACAGCUGAGGCUGGACGCAAGUUAAACCCUGGAGCUCAGCGUCACCAGAUACGCAGUCAUGGUCAAGGAGAGAGCACCGUCCUGGGUGUGUUCCUCAACUUUACUGAGAAACACCUGCUGGUCGUGUACCAGCCAACAGUCAACCUGGGCCAAGUUACACUCACCCAUGUGAAGACUCUCUACCCUCCUCAGUACGACUUGGUUGACUUCAGCCUCACGUCGUCGUACAUCUGGACGUUGUGGACAGAUGCCAACAACGAGACACAGCUGCUGUACGCCCCAGUCAACAGUGUAGAGGAGUCGAAGGAUCCCCCUGGCUUCUCUUCAGUUGUGUUGGAGUCGCCCCCAGAGAAGGAAGUCCCCCUCACAGACCCAUUUCUGGACCCUCGGGAGGUCUACUUACGAGAGCUCUUCAUGCCUAAUAGAUUCUCUGCCCACACUCUUCGUAAAGCUUUAGGGAUCUACCGUCGCAGUGUAGACUUCUCCAGUGUGGGUGACAGGGUUAUGUGGAGACUAAAGGAGGAGGUGGAGGCAGCACUCAGGGACCAGGUGGAGGCUCGCCUUGCCUCCAACCUCUCGGAGGAGGAAGUCUCACAGAUGACACUGGAAGCUUGGGCCACAUUUUACUCCCACACACUCCAGUACCACCAGGUUGGACACAAGCCAGUGGUGUUGUUGGUGGGGAGGAGAUCGCCUGGUUGGUGUGGUAGGAAGGCUGUCUGCUGGCGAAAACGCCCGGGUGGCGCCGCCGUCGUGGCGCUGGCCAAGCCGCUGCGUGGAAUGCGGCAGAUGCUGCCCCUGGAAGUGGCUGCUGCAUUUACUCUUGACCUUCACCAUCUGCAGCCACCAGACCAAGUUGGAGCUUCCAUCACCGCUUCACUCUUGGCCGACAGUGCAACUCUCUCAACCACCUUAGGGCAGCAGCUGGCCAGUGUGUCUGGCUUGGUGGCUGGGCUUGUGGCUUAUCUUCAUGCCCUGCAAUUGGACAUGGGUAUGCCUGAUGCUCUUACCUUAGAAAAUGGAAUCUCUUCAUGGCGGGAAGCCUGGCCGGUGCUCUGUCCGGACGUCUUGGGGGCGGCCGUCAUCAGCGCCGUGGUCUCCCAGGUGGCAAAAGUGAGGUUGGAGCUGUGCCGAGACUUGUUGCUCCUGCAGCAGGUGGCACUUCAUUUGGGUCACCAGUGUCGCCUCACCCCAGGCUGCCGCUCAGUUGCGUUCUACGCUCUUGCCACUGCUCUCCUCACUCAGGCGUAUUUUGCUCUCCUGCGUUCCACGACUGCUGCCAUCAACCUCAGGCCGCUAGAAGCAGGGCGUCAAUUUGCCGCGCUGUCUCUCAGUGACGGCGGGGGUGGUUCUGGCAGGUCGUCCUGCCACUGUUUACAGCUCUUUUUUCUGAGCAGCGGAGGGAUCAGGCACGGACUACAGCGGUUGCCCAACUGGCAGCCCAUCAGCCGUUGCUUGGUGUUGGUGGAGUGGCUGGUGUGGGGGGGACAACAUGGAGCUGUACAGGAAUAUGUAAGACUUCUACAACCUUGGUGUAGGUGGAACAGCUGCUCCAGGAAGUUCUUGUUGGGUGUAGCACUUCUCAACCAAGGAGAGGCUACCAAGGCCGCCCGUCUCCUGUUGGCAGCCCUCGAGGGAGUUGUCACCGAAGACUUCCUGGGCGUAAAAGUGGCAGGAGGAGGACAAGAGACCCUCCCGGAUCAGCUCCGUGUAAUGUACUGCCUUCGCGUGAUCCGUCUUCUGGAGCAGAGCGGACAGCCGGCUCUGGCCCUGCAGGUGGCUCAGGAGGGAGUGGCCAGCUCCUCCAACCACCCGUCCAUGUCUGCUCUGUACUCGGUGGUCUUCAAACAUCACCUGGAGCUGAACCACCAUGAUGAAGCCUUCACCGCCCUCCUCGCCUGCCCAGACCAACACCGCAAGCGCAACUGUCUCCGUCAACUGAUCGUAUCUCUUCAUGACAGGAA